UACAAACAUUUAGGAUGUUGGCAACUUCGUUCGUCAUUUUGAGCGCAUUUUUUGCGGCUCAGAUAGAGGCACUGCCAAGUGGCGCCCCUGUUAGUUCUUGUUCAACUAUGAUGCCUUUCCAUAUUCCAUUUCUCUUUGUCCAACAAGGUGUUGCUCCUUUUAGUAUAACACUCAGCAGCCAGACAGCCAGUCCGCAAUCCCCUAUAACAGUCACUUUGAAAGCCAAUAGUGGUGGGCCGGCUUUCAAAGGCUAUUUGAUUCAAGCUCGGUCAGGUAAAAAUAUCCAAGCUGUUGGCACUUUCACUGCCGACGGCCAAUCAAAUACUGGUAAAACAAUCAACUGCCCUGGCGGUAUUAAGAACGCCGUGACUCAUACUAGCCGUACUGAUAAAACUUCCGAGACGUUUCUAUGGACUCCACCUGCUAAUUUCAAAGGACAAGUCGUUAUGAUGGCUACCGUGGUCGUAAGGUAUAAUCAAAUAUAUAAAGGCGUGCAAUCAAGCCUCAUUACUAGGAAAAAAAAGGGAUAAUCGGAGCUCAAAUUCCUACUGGUGAACGAGAAAACUUCACUUUUCUGAUCCUGCAAACCAUUUACCGGAG